CCUCAACCACCCGUCCGCCCGCUGACGGGGGAGAGAGUGGAAAACACCGCCCCGCUGACCCAUGCCCGCCUCGAUGUCUCUAUAUAUUCCACCAACCCUGGUCGUCCUCUCCGCCUGCUCGUCCCGUCGUUUGUCUCGCCCCAUACCUCUGCCGUCUCAGCAAUGCUCACCAUCGGUACCAUUGCCGAGGAUGCCAUGUCCUUCGCCCAAAGCCACAGCACCCAGCUGGCAAUCGCUGCCUCGGUGCUUGUUGUCUCGGGCAUCUACCUCGUCCGGGAGCCACCUGGCACCCAGCGAAACCAGAUCCCUGGACCCAAGGGCUGGCCCAUCGUCGGCGAGUUCUUCACCGUGAGCAAACACAUCUCCGAGCAGACUCUCCAUAUGUUCUAUUACAAUCUCGUGGAACAACAUGGCCCUGUUACCCAGGCAUCCAUCAUGGGUCUCCGCGAUAUCUCUGUGUCCGAAGUCGACGAAUUCAAGGAAAUCCUCAAGGGCGGCGACCAGUGCGCUUUUGCGCGGCCUCCUCGAUUCCACAACACUCACAGGUCGAGCCCUUUGCCGCCUUCGAUCAACUGGAACUCACCCAUGAGCAUACUCCGCAAGCUCGGGACAUCGUCCCGGGUCAAUCUGCACCUUGUCGCCAACGCGGCAGUGCUCGAUAUCCUCGGCUAUGUCAUCUACUCCAAGGACCUCGGAAUGACCCGUCGGCUGGAUGACAAGGCUGCCCUUGAGGAAGCCUUCAAGCCCUACAGCCACAUCGUCGAGCUCAUCGUCAAGCGAUUCAUGUACCCCGAGUGGCUGUGGGAUGUCAUGGGCAUCGGCGUCAAGGCCUGCGAGGCGGAUGUCAAGUUCGUCAAAGAUAUCGCCAGAGACACGCUCCGGGAACGUCGCAGCUCGUCAAUUCUGCACGAGCAUCAAGAUUUGCUCGACCGCCUCACAUCGAUGGGUCUGGAAGGAGAUGCUAAAUUCACCGAGGAGGAAAUCCUGGACGAAAUAUACGGUUUCUUCCUUGCAGGACACGAGACCACGGCCAACAUGAUCACCUUUAUACUGGUCGAGCUUAUGAAGAAUCGCCAUGUCUACGAGCGCGUGCAGAAGGAGAUCGACACUAUUCUUGGACCCGACGGGGAACCAAGCUAUGAUCAGCUCUCGCAGUUCACGUAUCUCGACAUGGCCGUCAAAGAGACGCAGAGACUCCACCCACCAGCGCCGCUUAUCCCGCAAUCCAAUAAAAAACGGGACA